ACAAAUUUGAUAUCCUUUCACCACACACAAAAAUUAAACAGCCCUUCAAAUGGCAAAUUACAAGCUUAAUUUGAUGUUGGUUAUGGCAAUGGCUAUGGCUGCAUUUGCGUUCCAUGUUACUGCAAGAACUGUCCCAAAUGAUCAGGCUGCAAAAGGGCUCAAUGACCAAAAGAACUUCCUCAACUAUGGUGGUGUUGGUGGUUUCUCUGGCAUUGGUGACAGUGGACUCCCCUUCGGAGGCGGUAUCGGCGGGGGAGGGCUCGGAGGAGGUGGUGGCUUAGGCGGGCUUGGUGGUGGCAUUGGUGGGUUCGGUGGGGUUGGCAUUGGUGGCAUUGGUGGCGGAGUUGGUGGUGGAGUGAUAGGGGGAAUUGGAGGGAUUGGUGGUGGUGGUGGACUCGUUAAACUUCCUUAAACUAUUAAUCUAAGAGUGGAGGAUUCGUUUACAAAGUUUGGUGUGUUUCUUAUGUGUGUUUUAUUGUAAUGUUUUAAUUUGGAGUUUCUUUAGGGUUUAUAUAAGAAAAAGAUAAGUAAUUUGUGUGUUUGGUUUGCAAUGUUAGUUUGAUCACUACAUCUUGUUGAUGUAAGUUUGAUGACAAUUGCUCUUGUUUCUUUUAAAUGUCUAAUUGAAAAUGGUGGAUGGCUACCUUUACUCAUAAAGGGAAAUGCAUAUGUGUGUGUGGGUUUAUGUUA